GUAGGAGAGAGGGAGAGAGGGAAGGUAUGAAUUCGUAUUUCGCAAAUCCGUCGCUCUCCUGCCAUUUAGCUGGUGGUCAAGAAGUUUUACCUAACGUGCCCCUGAAUUCGAGCACCUAUGACCCCGUUAGACAUUUCUCGUCAUACGGGGCUGCCGUAGCCCAAAACCGGAUAUAUUCCUCUCCAUUCUAUUCGCCUCAAGAAAACGUUGUAUUUGGGUCAAGCCGGGGACCGUAUGAGUAUGGAUCCAACGUUUUCUUCCAAGAGAAAGACGUGCUUCCUAGCUGCAGGCAAACCAGUGUGGGACUUAACGGACAGAGCUCUCUGGCCCAGGAUUACAGCACGGAUCAGACAAGAACAGGAUCGCAGGAGCAGAAGGGAAACAUUCAGAUCUAUCCUUGGAUGCAGCGAAUGAACUCGCACAGUGGAGUCGGGUACGGGUCAGACAGGCGACGAGGCCGUCAGAUCUAUUCCCGUUACCAAACGCUGGAACUCGAGAAGGAAUUCCACUUCAAUCGCUACUUGACCAGACGCAGACGUAUUGAAAUCGCCAACGCUCUCUGCCUCACAGAACGUCAGAUCAAAAUCUGGUUCCAGAACCGCCGCAUGAAGUGGAAAAAAGAGAGCAAUCUAACUUCUCCUCUGACGGGGACUGGGUCGGCGGGGGUGACUAAGGAAGAUGAGAAAAAUGGCAUUGAAGAAGAGACAGACGACGUGAAGAAGAAGGAAUAAAAAACAUUCCUUAAUACUUCCUUAACUGUAACUGAACUACCUAAUUUACCUAACUUUGGCAUAAUGAUGACACGCGUUGCUGCAUGAACAGGCAAUCUCCCGCUCACACACUUUCUCUCUCGCCCUCACCCUCUCUGUCUCUCACACAGUAACA